AUGGAGAACAAACUACUAUCGGUGUUCAUUACUAUAAUCAAUAAUCCAAGGCACGGUGGAGUUUCCACCUUCGAAUUUGAAGAACCUGCACUGGAUCAGCGAGAAAGCAAAUGCGUUGACAUCCUUUCAGCUUUCGCAAAAUGGUAUCAACAAUAUGAUGCGAAAAAACAAACUAUAGAUUCUGUAGCAAUCGAUUGUGAGCUAACUGUUGGCCGUGGAAGUGCGAUAAUGUCCCACAAUGUUGGAGUCAUCCAUGGCCAGGAAGCUCAAACCCUUGAUGACGUUAAUCAAUUUAAGAGUAGCCGCCUAAAUCAUCCUUUGAAGGCAACUAUCCAAGAGGAGGAUGAGGACAAUAACAAUUGCAACGAUGGGGGGAUUGUGAUGGAAGACGCGAACCAAGACGUCACCAUGGCCCAAUGUAGCAGAAUAAUGGCACGCCAAAAUGCAAUGGAACGGUGGGUCAACAAAAGGUACAAGAACAAGUGGCGUGACAUCACCAAGACGAAGCGAAGAACUGUUAGAACU